UUUACUAAUAUGGGGUUGGUACGAUUCUUAUUAUGGAAGAACAACUCCAUUUAUACGAAGAAUCCCAAAUAGAAAAUGGAUAAAAGAUGCAAAAUUGAAACCAAAAUCCUUUUUAGGCAUAUAAUCAAACAGUUGGUGACCAUAAAGCAAAAAAAAAUGAUAACCUCUGGUACCAAGAAGAAUGCUAGCAACGAACCCAUCAUCUCGUUUGAUCCUUGAUUUUCUUUUUGAGCUUUGAUAGACGCUUCUAUUAACUCGAAGACUCGAAGAAUUAUUGCAAAAUCUUUUUCACGCAUAGUGUCAAACAGAAGAGACCAAAUUCCCACCUGAUUUGAUUUCUUCAGGAUGAAGCAUCUUCUGCAACUUGGGUAUGGCUGAAUAGAGCACCAAUGCUGCAAAUUGAGGAAAAAACCAUGGCAGACUGGGUUCUGUGGAGUCUUUCCGGUGAUGGAGAUGAGUGGAUCAUGGAGAUGGCGAUGUGGACCGACUGGGUGCGUUUUUUAAGUGUUGAUUGACGCCAUGAAAAUGUACUGCGAUAAGAUUUUUGUGUUAUUUUCUUGGUUAAAUAUUUCUCUUUGCCCCCUCGGUUAUCUGACCUCAGGCGCUUCUACACCAUGUCAAUGCUGCUGGCUUCUUUCCGUAGUCAUUUCUUCAAACACUUGGCGUGCACUUCCUUCUCAUCGAUUCGCAACACUUCAACGCUCACUCAUGGAUCCACUUCUAUGUUAAUUGGUUCCACCAGAGAUUAUCCAUCAAGAAAGUUGACAGACUUCUUGAAUUCCAAUCCAAUUACUGCAGCAUUCUCUACAUCUUCUUCUUCGGUUUCUGAAACUUCGACCAGUGGUUCAUACUUAACUGUGGACAUCCAAUGUCGUCAAGAUGUUGCAGAUAUGCUUUCAGAGGCGCUUUUAUGUUUUGGUGCAGCUUCCACAAGCAUGGUUGAACCAGACACCUGCAACUCUAGUGAUGAGAUCUCGUUUAGUUCGAUAUUUACUGUAAAUCAAGAUGUGCAUCGAAGUAUUUCACAAGCUGCCGACUCCAUAGGAUUGAAAGAAACACCUGUUUACAAAGUCACAGUCGGUUACCAAUCCGAUUGGAUUGAGAAUUCUCGGGAUUCUUUCCAUCCCAUUGAAGUUACGGAAGGACUUUGGAUUGUGCCCGAGUGGAUAACUCCCCCAGAUCUUGAAGCAACAAUUAUAAGUUUAAACCCUGGGUUGGCAUUUGGAACUGGAGACCACCCUACUACCAAGUUAUGUCUCUUGGUAUUACAUGGUUUAAUCAAAGGUGGAGAAAAGGUUUUGGAUUACGGCACCGGUUCCGGGAUUCUUGCAAUUGCGGCACUAAAGUUUGGUGCAGCCUCAUCAGCAGGGUUGGAUAUAGAUCCUCAAGCCAUUACAGCCGCACGCCAUAAUGCCGAUCUCAACAACAUAGGCCCCGACAAAUUGCAAUUGCAGCUUGUUCCUAAUAACACCAAUCCUUUGUCGACAGACGGAUGGCAAUGGGCAGCCAAGGCUAACGACGUUGAUUUAAAUGGCAUGGAAAUGAUCUUCGAGAAAGCGACAUACGAUGUGGUUGUUGCAAACAUUCUUUUGAACCCUUUGCUAGAUUUGGCAGAUGAGAUUGUUUCUUAUGCCAAGCCUGCUGCUGUAAUAGCUCUUUCUGGUAUCAUAUUGGACCAGGUACCGACUGUUGUAGAUCGAUACUCGAAUCUUUUGGAAGGCAUGACAGUGUCGAAAAUCGAUGAUUGGGCUUGCAUAAGUGGAAAGAGGAAGGUGAAAGAGUAGUUGAUGGUUAUAGACAUGAGAUGAGGUUUGGUUUGUUGAAACCAUUCAUCAUGAAUAUCCUGUCAACAUUUGAUGUGAUAAACAGUAACACAACAAAAAAUGUGAUGAAUUUGCUAUGUCACUAAAUAAAAAGUCUGCAGAAAUUUACAUCAAAUUUGGAGAAAAA